AUGACUGAGGUGGGUCGCAGCGGCCCUGCCGUGCGCUACGGCGAGCUCGUUGUUCUUGGGUACAGCAGCUACAAGAGACAAGGCGCGGCGGCCACCAGAGGCCACUGGCUUCCCGUUGGGGCACCAAACACCCGGUUUUGCCUCACCAGGCGUUCCACUCCCAACGCGCUCGUUCCUGAGCGUGUCGUUUUCGUCGAAUCACGUCUUCAAAAACGAGAGCUCACGCAUGGGUUGCAACAAGCGCUCGCCACAGGCAAAUCGACCAAGUUCGUGUGCAUACCUGUCUCGGCCACAACGACCGUGGCGACAGAGUUGGUGGAAUCGUCCAUGUUCGACUUGUUUCAGCUAGGCCGGCAGCCAUCCCCCCACAAUGACUUUGUUGUACCUGGCCAUCUACACGGCGACAAGGGAACGAUGUCUCGCUUUGCGGCGCGAAUUAUGUGCGACCGUGCACCACCCUACACAUGCCGCGUCUUUGCCGGCGGAUUUGACACCGACCAUCACGUUGCAGUGCCCAUGAACGCCCCCAAGUUCUGCCGAUCCUGCCAGCGAUGGUCGUCCUCGUCGUCAACUUGCAAAUGCAUUGCUUCCACGAUAGUCUCCAAUCGUGUGUUGGGCGCAAAUCACGAAAACACUGUGACGGCGUUUGGCUUCACCAACUCGAUCCAGCCUGUCGACGCAUUGACACGUAACGGCGUGCGCUUGUGGCGUCCUGAAACCCAGUCGUGGGUUGAGGUGUCUGUGCAUGGACAGAUCUAUGCGGUCUCGACGGCGUCGUCGUCAUCGUCCACUGCAGCGUUCGCGCGGCCGACUGGCGCGCCUAUCGCAAUGGAAGCCGUGUUGACCCACGGAUGCAUUCUCGACUUGGGCGGUGUCCACGUCAAGUUUAUCUACCCCAGUUCAAACAAUGCGCCCCCGGGGUCGCUAGCUCUGCGCCUCGAGUCGCUUCGUGUGCACUGUCCGGUGCACCUUCACCCGCUGCAGUUUGGACCGUACCCACCGAUUCACUCCAAGCGACAUCAUCACGAGCCUUCACCACAAGACGGAAUCCCCAGUGCAUUCCAGCCACACGUUUACCCUGCGUGCGGGCACGUGUGCGGGUACAAUGCUCGCAUGGCCAGUACACAGCAAUGCCCCCUCUGCCGCACGCCCAGUACGUUGGUGCCACUUCGCGUGGCAACUCGGCAUGGCCAGCGUUUACUCACCAGCACACUGGACCACGAACAGGUCCCCGACUGUGUCUUCAACCCUUGUGGCCACAUGGUUGACGCGGCGCUUGCGGCAGAAUCGGCCGCCCUCCGACUUGCCACGACGGGCAAGAGUAUCUGUCCGUUCUGCGCUAAGUCGCUCGACCCUCGGCGCCCGUACUCCAAGUUAUUCUUUUACCGCGACGACUACGAUGACGUCGAGACUGUUGGCGCUGCAUACCGCGCCCUAUCACCCCUGCAUACGCUUGGGACACAAGAGUUGAAUGCGUAGAGCGCCACUUGG